AUGGCUAACAAUCGAAUCAGCAAAGUUGCAAUUGUCGGACUGACAUUGGCAUUUUAUGCUGGCGGAAAUGUCGGUAGUUUCAUUACCCGUGCUCUGCUGCAGACUGGGAAGCACAAUGUAACUGCUCUUACACGAGCGGAAAGCAACGCAUCGUUCCCUGAUGGCGUUGCGACAAAACAAGUCGACUAUGAUCAACCCGAAACUCUGGUGGAAGCGUUGCGUGGUCAAGAUGCUUUGGUCAUUACAAUCAGUGGCAUGGCGCCCAUGAAGCAGAUUGAGGAGAAGCUCAUAAGAGCCGCGGGCGAAGCAGGGGUGUCGUGGAUCCUGCCGAACGAAUGGAGCCCGGACUCGACCCACGAUGGUAUCGUUGAGGACAUUUUCCUCUUUCAAUGGAAAGUCGCGGCUCGCCGCCUGAUUGAGGAAAUUGGCAGGAGCUCGUACGUUGCAGUGGUAACUGGGUUCUGGUACGAAUACAGCCUUGCGGUCCCAAACAACUACGGCUUCGAUUUUGCCAAUCGAAUGGCGACAUUCUACGAUGAAGGCGAUAUCGAGAUCUCGACCUCGACAUGGCCACAGGUUGGCCGUGCGGUCGCAGCCUUGCUCAGCUUGCCCCUGCAAGCUGAAGCUGGUCAUGGAGGACAGUGUCUGUCACAGUUCAAGAAUCAAGUGGUAUUCGUCAAUUCGUUUGUUGUCAGCCAGAAGGACAUGCUCGCCUCCGCCCUUCGCGUGACACAAAGCAAGGAGUCCGACUGGACCAUUAGCAAGAAGGCCUCCCGGGAGCAAUUCACCAUUGGGAUGGCGGAUAUGAAGGAAGGGCGAAAGCCAUCGGCAAACUUCCUCUACGCUCGUAUCUUCUUCCCGGGGCCUGAUGGAGGAGGCGACUUUGAGCACAAAGGCACCGUCAACGGCUUACUGGACUUGCCACGUGAGGAUCUUGACGAUGCGACCAAGACUGCCAUGGAGCGACAGAUGGCUGGUGGCGCACGCUGAUGGCGCCACGUUGUCUUGGCGUGGUUGCGAUGUUCGGUUAGGUGUAUGGGUACAUGAUGUAGUUGCUGUUCGUCUGUCAAGGCUACCGGAGAGAUAUUUCCCGCCGAGAAGGGUGCCAGCAUCUCUCGGAGAGAAUACUGUCAGCAGCGCUCUUGGAAGAUCCACUGGAUGAGGGCUGCGGAAGCAGAAACGGCCGCGGAAGGAAUUGUUUUUGCGUCAUGUUUCCAGCGCGCGAAGAGUUGCCGUGAAAGUUUUGCACAACCGAACAUAAUUUACAUAAACCCACCCGGAACGCCACGUUCG